AUGUGUACUAAACCGGAUUUCAUUUCUAAUUCAGAUUUAAAGGCUUUAUCAUUGGCCGAUCCAGAUCCAUUCAGUGACCUUCCAGUAGAUUUUAUUCUAGGCGCAGACAAGCUUGGUUCUUGCUUGCUACCAGGUCUUAAACACAACGUUUUUGGCAGUUUAACAGCGCAAGCCACAAUUUUUGGCUGGAUUAUUUCAGGGUUAAUCGAUGCUUCUUUAACACCUUCUGUUCUUUCUUUGAAUGCUAAUGUCAAGAUUUCAACCGAAGAAUUGCAUGAUGCAGUUGUGCGUUUUUGGAAUUUGGAAGAAAUACCUACUGCUCCAUCUUUGACAGAGGAGCAAUUGAGAUGUGAAGAACAUUUUAACUCGACUUUCAAAUGCUUAUUAAGUGGUAGAUAUAUGGUUCGAUUGCCAUUUAAAAGUGGUCCACCUAUAAAUAUAGGUCAGUCAUUCGGAAGAACAAAAAUGAUUUUGGAUAGAGUUUUACGUCGCUUAAGGGAAAAGCCGAAACAAUUUGAAAUGUAUAAGGAUUUUUUAUCAGAAUAUCUCGAGUUAGAUCAUAUGCGUUUAGUAGAGGAGAACGAGUUUGACAAGUCUUCUCAAACUGUUUAUAUACCACACCAUGCUAUUCUUCGAGAGAGUAGUUUGACAACUAAAUUAAGGGUUGUUUUUAAUGCGUCAAGUCUCACUUCAAAUAAUACUUCUCUAAACUCACAUUUUUACAUUGGUCCACCAUUAUUGAAUGAUCUAGUUUCUAUUUUAAUUAAUUGGCGCAAAUAUCGCUACGUUCUUGUAGCCGACGCAGAAAAAAUGUUUCGACAAAUAGUAAUCGAUCGAAGAGACGUAGAUUAUCAACGGAUAUUGUGUAAAAACUCUGAAGGUCAAUUGUUAGCCUAUCAACUUUUAACAGUUACUUAUGGUACGGCAUGCGCCCCAUACUUAGCCAACAGAGUAGUCAAACAGUUAGCUCAAGAUGAAGGUAUGAACUUUCCGUUAGCAAGGCCUAUAAUUGAGGAGAAUAUCUACGUUGAUGAUGUUUUCUUUGGAAAGGACGAUUUCGGAACAGCUAAAGAAACAAAGGAUUAA